GCAAACUGGGCGACCUUCUUGGUGAGGGUGUCUGCGAGGAGCAGCUCUCCGUGUCAGAGAAAUAUGCCAAAAAGUACAAUGAGAAGAAAGACAGGAUUGAAGCUGCUAGAGCUUCUCAGGUUUUUGCAGAUGAGGACGUGGCCAACACCUCGGAGGAAUCUACGGAAGAUGAGAAGGCAGAUUUAUUGACGGAACGUGUGGAGUCAAAGAUUUUUGACACACUGUCGAAGAUCAAGGCUAAAGAUCCGUCGAUAUACAAGAGUAACACAGCCUUUUUCCACGAUGACGAUUUUCAGGACUCUCAAUGGCUGGAGCUCAUUGCUUGUCUUACCCAGGAGCCCGUGGAAGCCAAAUCAACAAGCCAGCUGGCAACACAAAAGAUGACGUACAAGAACUUCAUCAGGAAAACCCUCAUGCACGAGGGGGCAGAUGCGAUCACCAGAGAAGAGGAAGACGUCGCAGCAAAAAAGAAGACCCCUGCCGAGGAGCAGCAAGAUUUGCAGGAAGAAAUCAGAAAGGCAGCAGGAACAGUGACCUCAGUGGAAGGUGACGACGAUUUGUUCUCUCUGAAGGAGCAGAGCCCCGAGGAAAAAGAAAGGCAGGACGAGGAGUUUGCCAAAUUUCAGGCCAAGGCUGAACGCAAAGGUGACAACGCAGAGGCUGUCAUUGCCAACUACUGGCGAGGUGAUGAGGAGUUGGAUGAGGACGAGCGCUUUUUGCGCGACUACCUGGUGAAUCGACAGUGGCUGGAAACAGACUCGCUUCAAGCUCGCAGCACAGAAGGAAUGCCCGAGCUUGACAUUGAAGAUGAGGAGGGUGAAUAUCUGGGCCAGGCGGAUGAAUUCGAAAAGGAGUACAAUUUCCGCUUUGAAGUCGAAGAGGGGAGGCAAAUUCAAGGUCACGCAAGAUUCCCUGAAAAUUCUGUACGUGAACGGAAAGACAAGCGGAAGCGGCAGCGACAAGAAAGAGCUGAGCGCAAGGAAGCAGAAAAGGUGCGCCGGGCGGAGGAAUUAAAAAGGUUGAAGAACUUAAAGAAGCAGGUGGUGCAGCCAGUGUCUGGUACCAGCACCCAUCGUUCACAAGCAGCCUGGCAGGAAAUCAAACGAAGACUUCAGCAAAUCCAGGAGGUAACUGGCAAUGAGGACAUUUCUGCAAUUGUCUGCAGAACCUGUUUAGGAUGUUUCAGCAUUGGCCCGAGCUAG